UCAGUUAGAUAUGCGGAAGAAGGCGGCAGCCAAACACUCAAAUGCAGAAGUUGUGCCAUCAGUUUGAACACUCGCAUUUGAAACUAACAGAUAAUUACUUCGCCCUCAGACACUCGUCUAAUCAUUUUAGGAGAGCAACAUCUCGGCUGUUAGCCUGUCCGACAUUUCCUGUGCAGACCGCUUUGCUCCGAAAGCAGCCAUGAGAGACCACCUGAGUAUAUUGUUGUCAUUAUGCAUCGCAAGCCUUUUAGCGCAGCCCGCCUGCACCUUACACUCUAGGCAUCGUCUGAAAUUAAAACAGCUCGUGGGCUUUGCCUGGAAAAACUGCGGAUCGCCUGACGAUCCAGCUGUCAUGAAGACUCUAUCGAUAUCGCCAGACCCAAUCUCUGUCCCAGGAAACCUAAUGGCAAGUGCGACGGGGACAACAUCCGUGGCGCUCAUUGCUCCCGUGUCUGUGAACGUGACCUUGGAGAAAGAAGUGGCUGGUUUUUGGGUCAAGAUCCCAUGUUUGGAGGAGAUUGGGAGUUGCCAUUACCCCAACGCCUGUGACUUGCUGGACCAGCUGAUCCCUCCUGGACAGGACUGCCCAGAGCCUCUGCACACAUAUGGUCUGCCCUGCCAUUGUCCCUUCAAAGCUGGGGACUACACUCUGCCGCAGUCGGAGUUCUACUUGCCAGACAUUGACCUGCCCUUCUGGCUCACCAAUGGCGACUACAGAGUCCAGGGCAUUCUGGGAGCAAAUGGAAAGGAGUUGGGGUGCCUUAAAGUGAGCUUGUCCAUCCACUCGACCUGAGCCCACAGGUCUUACGCUGGACUAGCAGUGCCAUGUGCACAGGGGACCGUCACUCGACUGCACAGCCAUGGCAGCCAUUUCAAUGUGCAUUUAACUGUAAAGGGAGGCUCUAAAUCAGUAGAAUUUUCAUACAUGCCAUUGAAGCUUUUUUUUUGUUAAGUUCCUCUUUUUCUUCUGAUGCAGGCUCAAAGAAAUUACCUCUGUUAAAAAAAAAAAAAAUCUAUCUGCAGUUGAUGAUCAGAAAAGCUGUCAUUUUAUCUCUUACGUAUGUCUCAUUUGUCUCAUUUAAAAUCAUUAAAAAGGGGGUUUAUGUCUGGGGCUAGACUUAAUCCAUCAACAACAAACAAACAACAAACAAUCUGUCCCUGUAUUUGAUAAGGGACAUGUGGUCAUAUGAGGUGAUCACAGAUAAAGGACAAUGUUGUCUGAAUCACUAUUUUUAUCUUUCAGAAAAGCACUUACUGUAGUAUUUUUUUACUGCUUUGUAAACAGGUACAUUUCAUUUGUUAUAUUAUGUGGGUGUUGCUGAAUACAUUGUAUUUGCCAAAUCACACAAGUUUAGUGCCUAAAAGAGCUCCUCAGGGGUUAAAUGGGUCUUCCAUUCACAUUUUAAAUCACAGUGUUUUAUAGCUUUUCGAGAGGGGUGUUGCUGAUCACGUGGAAAGACGAAUAAAGGUGUAAAUGGAUGUUGAAUAUGA